ACUCUCUCAACUUUCACUCGCCUUCCACUUUCGGUCGAGACGAGACAGAGACAGGGACAGAAACAGAAACGGAGACGAGAAAGAAAGCCGCAGAGAGAGAGAGAGAGAGAGAGAGAGAGAGAGAAAGGGAGUGGAGAUUCAAUUUAAGGAGAAUCUGAAAUCCAUCCAAUCUCCAUUUCUGAUCUGAAAUGAAUCAAAAUCAGCGGAUCCAUUGAAUUAUUUUGCUUGCAGUUAUUUUUUAAUGGCUUCACCUGGUAAUCCUCCAAAUCAAGGAGGUGGAGGCGGAGGUGGUGCUUUUGAUGUGAAUAAGCUGUUCAAGCCAUCUUCGAGCCCUAUGAACAUGAAUUUGAAUAAUAUGAAUAUGAUGCAACCAUCACCACAGCAACAGCAGCAGCCUCCUCUCAGUCCUAGCCACUCAAACCCAGCUACUGGCAAUCUCACAACUUCUCCUUCCUUUCCUCUUCCUUCUUCACUCCCUUCCUCUUCUCCUCCUUAUUUGACUCCGUCUUCCUCUUAUCCUCCUCCCACCGGGCCUUACCACCCUUAUAAUCCUCACUAUCUCUCUCCUUAUCCACCUCCACCUCCUCCACAACUUCAACAGCAUCACAAUCAGUUCCUCACUAACAUGCACCACCAGAAUAGACCUCAGCCCAUUUCUUCUUUUCCUUCUCCUUCUGCUGCUGCCUCUGCUUCUUCCACUCCUCCAUCGCCUCCUCCAUUCUCGCCUAAUAACCCUAACCCCGGUGGUGUAUUGAUGGACAUCCUCAACAAUCAGAAUCAGCAGCAGCAACAACCUCCUCCCUCUAAUCUGACUAUGCCAUUCUCUUCGCCAUCUUCUUCAUCAGCUGUAUCCAGCUUCAAUGCUCCUGCCCCUUCUGCUCCGCCUGUCAGUUUGGCAUCUCCAACUCAUCAGCUGCAGCAGCCCAGCCCAACUCCUAUGAGAAUGCUCAGCAGCAAGCUCCCCAAAGGGCGCCAUUUAAUUGGCAACCAUGUUGUGUAUGAUAUUGAUGUCAGAUUGCAAGGAGAGGUGCAGCCACAACUUGAAGUCACUCCCAUUACCAAGUAUGUCUCUGAUCCUGGCCUUGUACUUGGUCGUCAGAUUGCAGUCAAUAGAAAUUACAUUUGCUAUGGACUCAAGCCUGGAGCUAUCCGCAUUCUCAAUAUCAAUACUGCCUUGAGAUCUUUGCUUCGUGGUCAUAAUCAGAAAGUAACAGAUAUGGUGUUCUUUGCUGAGGAUGUCCACCUUCUGGCCAGUGCAUGCAUUGAUGGGCGGGUAUUCAUACGGAAGAUCAGUGAGGGGCCAGAUGAGGAAGAGAAACCUCAAAUUUUUGAAAGAAUUGUUCUUGCCCUUCAGAUAAUAGUAGAGGGAGGGCCGGUGCAUCCACGAGUGUGUUGGCAUCCUCACAAACAAGAAAUUUUGAUGGUUGCAAUUGGAAAUCAUAUCCUAAAAAUUGAUACUCUUAAAGUUGGAAAAGGUGAAGGGCUUUCAGCAGAGAAACCUCUUAAUUGUCCCAUUGAAAAGUUAACUGAUGGGGUCCAGCUUGCUGGUAAGCAUGAUGGUGAAAUUACUGAGUUGUCAAUGUGUCAAUGGAUGACCACCCGUUUAGCUUCAGCUUCGGCAGAUGGCACGGUUAAAAUUUGGGAAGAUCGUAAGGCAGUGCCACUAGCAAUAUUGAGACCACAUGAUGGUAACCCUGUAAAUUCUGUGGCAUUCUUGACUGCCCCUCACCGCCCUGAUCAUAUUGUCCUUAUCACUGGGGGCCCACUAAACCAGGAAGUGAAGAUUUGGGCCUCUGCAGGUGAGGAGGGUUGGCUUUUGCCCAGUGAUGCUGAGUCAUGGCAGUGUAGUCAGACAUUGACCUUAAAGAGUUCUGCUGAAUCUAGUGCUGAUGGUGCAUUUUUUAAUCAAGUUGUAGCACUUCCCCGUGCUGGCUUAUUUUUGUUGGCAAAUGCCAAGAAGAAUGCUAUUUAUGCAAUACAUAUUGAAUAUGGAUCUUGUCCAGCUGCAACCCGCAUGGAUUACAUAGCUGAGUUUACUGUAACAAUGCCUAUUUUGAGUCUUACUGGAACUAGUGAUGUUUUGCCAAAUGGAGAACAUAUUGUUCAGGUUUAUUGUGUCCAAACACAAGCUAUUCAGCAGUAUGCAUUGGAUUUGUCACAGUGCUUGCCACCACCACUGGAGAACAUGGAGUUGGAGAAAACAGAAUCCAAUGUUUCUCGUGCUUUUGAUGCUGCUAAUUCUGAUGGUUCCAAUAUCAUGGAAUCAUCUCAUGGAAGCAAAGCAACAAAGGUUUCCAUAGGUAAAGGGACUUCCACACCACCUAUGGUGUCGAGUGUUUCUGAAAGUGCUCCCAAAGCAAGCCAACCUGAAAGCUUGGUUUCUUCUGAGAUCACUAGCUUACCAGAUAUUGCUGCUUCAGGUGUAGAGUCUAAGGCUAGUGCUUUGCCUUCUCAUAACAGUAUCGAAAAUCUCAAUACCAUGUCUCCUCCACUUCCUUUGAGUCCACAGUUAUCUCAAACGUUGUCGGGUUUCCAAGGUCCAUCAAAUAACGCUGAAUCGAGCAUGCAACUCAAUGAUCAUGUAGUUGACCAGCCUGUUCUGGAUUAUUUGGUUGAGCAUAGAAUGGAAACAGCAAAGGACAACUUAGCUGAUAGCCCCUCCUCAGGUGACAAUCUGGGGAAGGGUGAGAAAAACAUUGCACAAACUGACAUCUCCGUAGUUCCUGAACCUCCUGUAAUUUUUAAACACCCAACCCAUCUUAUAACCCCAUCAGAGAUACUAUCAAGGGCUACCUCAUCUUCUGAGAAUUUUCAAAUUAGUCAGGGCCUGAAUAUAGGAGAGGCAAAGGUGCAGGAUGUGGUUGUCAACAAUGAUGCGGAAAGUGUUGAGUUAGAGGUUAAAGUUGUUGGCGAGACAGGAACCCCUCAGAAUAACGCCUUCGACUUGCCUAGAGAAUUCCAUGUCACUGUGCCAGAGAAGAAGGAAAAAUCUUUUUACUCUCAGGCUUCAGAUCUAAGUCUUCAGAUGGCCAGAGAUUGUUGCGUGGAAGCUUAUAGUUUUGCUGGGAUUCGGCAGUCUGGUGAAGUUGGUGUUGCUGAGGUACCAGAAAGACCUAGUAAUAAUGGUGAGGAUGAAGAGCAAGAUGUGAGAAAAGACAUACCAGGUAAGAUUCGUGAACUGGAAACCCCCAUGGUAGUUCCACAGUCCGCAGCCCCAUCUGCAAAAGCAAAAAAGCAGAGGGGAAAAAGCUCUCAAUUAUUGGGUCUGUCUUCCCCUUCCCCAAGUCCUUUCAACUCUACGGAUUCAUCCAAUGAACCAGGUUGCAGUUCAGGUGCCCAAUCAAGUGAUGCUGCUCUAUCUCAAUUGUCAGCAAUGCAGGAUAUGCUUGAUCAGUUACUGAGUACACAGAAAGACAUGCAAAAGCAGAUGAAUAUGAUGAUUUCUGUUCCAAUUUCCAAAGAAGGUAAAAGGCUAGAGGCAUCCUUGGGGCGGAGUAUUGAGAAAGUUGUUAAGGCUAAUACAGAUGCUCUAUGGGCUCGUUUUCAAGAAGAAAACACAAAGCAUGAAAAGUUAGAACGGGAACGUAUGCAGCUGUUGACAAAUUUGAUUACAAAUUGUGUAAAUAAGGAUUUGCCAAGCACUUUAGAGAAAACUUUGAAGAAGGAGAUAGCUGCAGUUGGACCUGCUGUAGCUCGUGCAAUUACUCCCACCCUGGAGAAAAGCAUAUCAUCAGCUAUUACAGAGUCAUUCCAGAAAGGGGUGGGGGAGAAGGCAGUGAAUCAACUAGAGAAAUCAGUCAGCUCGAAACUUGAAGGUGCAGUAGCCAGGCAAAUCCAAUCACAAUUUCAAACUUCUGGAAAGCAAGUUCUUCAGGAUGCACUAAGAUCUAGUUUGGAAGCUGCAAUUAUUCCUGCAUUUGAGAUGUCAUGCAAAUCUAUGUUUGAUCAAAUUGAUGCCACAUUUCAGAAAGGACUUAUUAAUCAUAUAACUGCCACUCAACAGCAAUUUGACUCAACACAUUCUCACCUGGCCAUUGCUCUUAGGGAUGCUAUCAAUUCAGCAUCGUCAAUCACUCAGACUCUAAGUGGAGAAUUAGCUGAGGGCCAACGCAAGCUAUUAGCUAUUGCGGCUGCAGGUGCAAACUCAAAAGUUGGAAAUCCGUCUUUGAGUAAUGGACCAUUAGCUGGUUCACAUGAGAUGGCUGAAGCACCUUUCGAUCCAACAAAAGAAUUGUCCAGAUUGAUAACUGAACGUAAAUUUGAGGAAGCAUUCACAGUAGCGCUUCAGAGAAGUGAUGUGUCAAUAGUUUCCUGGUUAUGUUCUCAGGUUGAUCUACAGGGGAUUUUGUCCAUGGUACCACUACCCUUAAGCCAAGGAGUACUACUGGCUCUUCUACAGCAAUUGGCUUGCGAUAUCAGCAAUGAUACUUCUAAAAAGCUGGCAUGGAUGACAGAUGUGGCUGUUGCUAUAAACCCUGCAGAUCCUGUGAUCGCAGUGCACGUGAGACCAAUAUUUGAUCAGGUCUAUCAGAUAUUGAGCCAUCAAAGGAACCUGCCUAUUACAUCUGCUUCAGAAUCUGCCAGUAUACGUCUUCUUAUGCAUGUUAUAAAUUCUGUGCUAAUGAGCUGUAAAUGA